CUAGCUCACUUGCCAAUGGCAAUGGCGGUGGUCCUGGAGCCGUCCACUCCACCGCCGAGUACCUGCAGCAGCUGCUCAAAGACAGGGCCCGACUGACGGCAUUUCCGGGCACCUUUAUUCACGCCGAGCGACUCCUCGAUGCAGAAAUUGCCCGCAUCCGUUCAUCACUGUUUCAGCUUAACAGCGACGAGAAGAAGCCAUUGGUGCUGCCUGAGCCUGAUGGACCGACCAUAAUGCGCACUGAGAAGGUCUACGUGCCUGUUGAUGAGCAUCCUGAUUUCAACUUUGUUGGACGAAUUCUUGGCCCUCGUGGCAUGACAGCAAAGCAACUUGAACUGGAAACGGGUUGCAAGAUUAUGGUUCGAGGAAAAGGUUCUAUGAGAGAUAAGAAAAAGGAAGAGCAAAACAGAGGGAAACCUAACUGGGAGCAUCUUAACGAUAAGCUGCACGUGCUUAUCACUGUUGAAGAUAGUGAAAACCGAGCUCAGCCAAAACUGGAACGGGCCAUUGAAGAGGUGAAAAAGCUACUUGUGCCAAUCACUGAAGGAGAAGAUGAGCUUAAGAAACGUCAGCUGAUGGAACUGGCCAUCAUCAACGGCACCUAUCGAGAUGCGUCA